UCUUCACUAUCUCGAGUAACUUACACUAGAUACCCAACCGAAAACUCAACCAAAAAUGAUGCAAAUCAAGUACUUGUUCGCCCUCUUCGCUGUCCUGAUGCUGGUUGUCCUGGGAUCCCAGCAAGCGGAUGCCGACUGUCUAUCCGGAAGAUAUAGGGGUCCCUGUGCCGUCUGGGACAAUGAGACCUGCCGUCGAGUGUGCAGGGAGGAAGGACGACCCAGUGGCCACUGCAGUGCCAGCCUCAAGUGCUGGUGCGAAGGAUGCUGAAUUGAGGGAAUUUCAUCGUUUUAUCCACAAAGUUUAACAAUCAAUCAAAACACUAAUAUUAAUUCAAUAAAAUAAACAAACUUUGAUGCAGCAAAA